AUGGAUAAAACAAAUUGGACACCUGAAAAUAAAGUUGUCUGUAUUGAUGUAGAAAAUCGUCCACGAUUUCCAGCGAACGAACAGUUAGGGCAUAAUAUUGCAAUUGAAGGGUUGAGAAGUGACAAAUUAAAGUCUGUUAGUGCAGAUUUGUAUUCAUUUUCCAAUAGUAAUAGUAAUAAUUCAACUGCAGUUCGUAAUGAAUCGAUAAACCAAAUAUCUCCCUUCAAAUUAACAACUGCACAAUAUUUCUCUACAACUAUUAGAAAACAUCAUAAAUGUGUAGAAAUGGCUAUAAAAAAUAAAGAUAUGACAAAAGCUAUUCAUCAUAUUGAUCAGUGUAUUAAAAUGGCACCACAAAAUGCUAAGUUUUAUAUCGAACGCGCUGAAAUUUAUGUCAAGCUAUUCGAUUAUCAACAUGCAAUAAACGACUUACACUUGGCCUUAUCUUUAGGAUCAAAGUCACUAGACAGUAAAUCAAUCAAUGAAGAUUUAAAAAAUACUGAGUCAGAGUCACCAUCUUUCAUAUCUGUAAGUUUAAAUUGUACAGAAUAUGAAAAUGCUUUAUUAAUGACUGGUCAACUUCAUGUAAUUUAUGGAAAAACUUUAAAUAAUGAAGGAAAAUUGGAAGAAGCCUUGAAACAGUGUGAAUUAGGCAAGAACUUCAUUGAUCAAUAUGCUCAAAUGAAAAACUCAAUUAUUAAAUCAUCUAUUACACCAGGAAUAUUGAUAACAUUGAUGGAUGUGUUAAAAGUUUAUGAAUCAAUGAAACGGAAUAAUGAUUAUAUCGAUUUGAUAACAAAAUGUAUCAAUGAUUUAGAGAAAGAAAAUAUAGAAAUUCCAGAACAGAUACUAAUGGAAAAUGCCAUUUUAACAUCAAGAUUAUAUAUACCGCAAUUAUCCGAUCUAUUUUAUGCAAGAGCUUCUCUAUUAUCGAAACAAUAUGGUCAAUCAAUAACGCAAGCUUAUUAUGAUUUAAAGAAAGCAUUAUAUUAUUGUUCCAAUCAUUUAGAAAGUUCUCAUUUACUACAUCGACUUGAAAUGAUAUCUUCUAAGAAACAAGAAGAAGCAAUUGAAUUAAUGUUAAAAAAUCGUUUUCUCGAUUCAUUACAUUCAAUCAGUAUGGCAAUUUAUGCACAACCAGAAAAUAUUUCAUUAUAUUUUGAUAAAGGAGCAAUUUUACGAAAACUCGAUCGAUUAACUGAAUCCAUAGAUUGUAUUAUGCAAGGAAUCAAUUUAUUCAAUACAUUGAUGAAUAAGAGCGGUGAAAAAGACUCAGCUGAAUUAUAUCAAUUCGGCAGAAAUCAAUUAUUUCUUACCAUGAACUCCUAUGCUGUAAAGCUAUUAAAACAAGAGAAAUAUCAAGAGUCAAGUGAAUUAACCUGUCAACUUUUGAAAGUCGAUCCUAAAAAUUACAAAUUAUUAAUUUUAUCUGGAGAUUGUCAAUAUUUUAUGAAUAAUUAUGAGAAAUCACUGGAAGAUUAUGAAAAUGCAAAAUUAAUCAUUGGUAAAUUAUUCACUGAUUCCAAUCAUUGUAUUUGUAAUAAUAAUCUAAUGAAAAUUCCUGCAAGUAUUCAAUCGAUCAAUCAAAGAAUCUGUUUAACUUGUUAUCAGUUAAGUAAAAAUCGAAUUCAACAAAGCGAUUGGUCAGAUGCAUUGAACUAUUUAGAUUAUUGUAUUCGUUUAACACCAUUUCAAUCGGAAUUUUACAUGACACGAGCAUUAGUUCACUAUCAAUUAAAUCGUACUCAGCAUUCAUGGAAUGAUUUAUUAAUUUUUAUUUAUUUAAAUUUGAACGAUUGGGCAUUAUGUCAAAGAACCAACGGGAAAUGGUCUAACUAUCCAAUAUGGUAUCAAACAAUUGUAUAUAAUCGAUUUAUCGGGCAAGUUAAUGAACAAAUCGGUCCAUUAAUUCAUCGUCUCAUGCCGAAAUAUAUUGAUUUGGUGAAAGUUGCCAAUUCGGAGGAAUGUAAAUUGUGUUUAGUGAAAAAUUUACAAAAAAUAAUUCGCCAAAACAAAUGUGCUACAUGUCAACGAGCUAGUGAUGUUUCGACUACAAAAAUCCCUUAUCCCAGUAAAGAUAAUCAACAAACGUUUGAAAAUCCAAUUGACUGGUUACAUAAACAUCUAUCGUUUAAUUUGUUUGAAGAGUCUAACGAUAACAAAACUGUUCAAAUGCAAUGCUCAAAUUCGAAUGAUAUUACUCGGAAAAAAUUAAAUGAUGUAUGUGAAGAAGACUAUAAACAAAUCAAUGCUAAAAUUAAGCAAAUUCGUCAGAAAAAAUUUUCCAAACAAUGCCUGUAUACAAAAUGAACUGUGUUAUUUUAAAAAGUUACUGAGUGCUAUAAUGAUUAAA